AUGUAUCAACAGAUUGUACCAGUGGAAUCUGUAAUAGCACCAAUCAAUGCGAUGGUAUGUGUCAUAGGUCCAUCAUGUAGUGAUGGAAUUCUAAAUCAAGGUGAAGCUGAUGUUGACUGUGGAGGACCAUGUGCACCAGGUGUGAUUGUCUGUUUUUCAGGUCCAUCAUGCAGUGAUGGAAUUUUGAAUCAAGGCGAAGCUGAUGUUGACUGUGGAGGACCAUGUGCACCAGGUAAAACAUGUGAGAUUGGGCAGCAUUGCAAUGGAACAACAGAUUGUACAAGUGGAAUGUGCAACAGUAGUAACCAAUGUGAUGGUCCAUCAUGUAGUGAUGGAAUUUUAAAUCAAGGCGAAGCUGACGUUGACUGUGGAGGGCCGUGUGCACCAGGUAAAACAUGUGAGGUUGGACAGCACUGCAAUGGGACAACAGAUUGUGCAAGUGGAAUCUGCAACAGUAGUAAUCAAUGUGAUGGUCCAUCAUGUAGUGAUGGAAUUCUAAAUCAAGGUGAAGCUGAUGUUGACUGUGGAGGACCGUGUGCACCAGGUAAAACAUGUGAGGUUGGACAGCACUGCAAUGGAACAACAGAUUGUACAAGUGGAAUGUGCAACAGUAGUAAUCAAUGUGAUGGUCCAUCAUGCAGUGAUGGAGUUUUAAAUCAAGGUGAAUCGGAUACGGAUUGUGGAGGACCAUGUGCACCAGAUUGUACAAGUGGAACCUGCAACAGUAGUAAUCAAUGUGAUGGUCCAUCAUGUAUUGAUGGAAUUCUAAAUCAAGGUGAAGCUGAUGUUGACUGUGGAGGACCAUGUGCACCAGGUCAAACAUGUGAGAUUGGACAGCACUGUAAUGAGACAACAGAUUGUGCAAGUGGAAUCUGUAACAGUAGUAAUCAAUGUGAUAGUCCAUCAUGUAGUGAUGGAAUUCUAAAUCAAGGUGAAUCUGAUACUGAUUGUGGAGGACCGUGUGCACCAGGUCAAACAUGUGAGAUUGGACAGCACUGUAAUGGGACAACAGAUUGUACAAGUGGAAAUUGUAACAGCACGAAUCAAUGUGAUAGUAUGUAUUCGCUGGUGUGCGAUGAAUGA